AUGGCCACAAAUUUUAUAAAUUCAUUCAUUCAUUCCAACCCGCCUCCCCACACCUCCCACUGUCCCCAUGCCACGGCGGCCCAACCCACCUCAUCACUGCCCCUGACUUCUGGUGGCCCAACUCACCCCCCAACUGUCCUGCGCCAUGCCAGCCCAAUGACCCUCCCCACCAUCCACACGCCCCGAAGGCCCAAUCCACCCACCACCAUUCCCGCAUCCCAACGUCCCAACCUGCCUCUCCACUGUCCCUGUGCCCCAGAGACCCAACACGCCUAUAUUGUCCCUGUGCCAGAGACUGAAAUUGCCUCCCUACUGUCCCCGUACACUGGAGGCAUAGCUCGCCUCCCCUCUGUCCACAAGCCUCGCAGCCCAACCCAUCUCUCCACCAUCCACAGGCCUCAGCAGUCCAACCCGACUUCCACUGUUCAUGUACCUUGA